UAAUUUUUUUCAAAAAUUGUAUAAUUGUGUUAGGCUAACUAGAGUGAAAAUAUAUGGAGUUAGCAUUGUAAAAUUUGGAAUGACACCAGUUAAAUAUAAUCUGAUUGUAUACUUUGGAGGGUUUGUUGUUUGCAGGUAUUUACUUAAUUAAAAUAUUCUAAAUGAUUAAAUGUCUGUUAAAGUAGUAUAUUUUAUGAUUUUAUUUCCUUAAAAUAAAAAUAAUAAAAUGUUUGAGAUUUACCAUUUACUAGGAGUCUUACUACUUAAUUUCUUUUGAAAGAUACUGUAUUAAUUACUGGAUAAUAUCAUUAGCUAGCCAACCAGGGAAUUCCACGCCGAUUAGUUGUUGUUGUUUUCGACGUCAUCGUGCUGGAGUCAGCACCUACUACGUCAUGUGUUGCUAACGUCGAAGUCCGACGGAAACAGCCACUUGCCUCCUCUCCUGUCGUUCACACAUGACUAACCAUUAAGUAUUCUAGUAGACAACUAAUAAGACUAGUGUAAUCAAAAUGAAAAAUUAUAUAAAACAUAAUUUUGUUUUCUAUUACAUGAAAGAUCAUUUGCUAAAGUCAACACCUAAUUUUCCUUUACCUCACAAUUGGUGGUGUUUUAAAAAACAUAAAUCGUACUAUUCGAUUAAAACAACAAUGUGAUCUAUUGAUAUAGCCAUAUAGAUGUGGUCCAAAUACAAUUAUUAAAACUUUUUAUUAAUCAUUAAAAAGAAAUAUUAUAUAAAAAAACACAAAUAUGAUUAAAAAAUAUAAAUAUAAAAAUUAAAUUUAAAAAAAAAAUAUAAAAUAGAAAAUAUAUCCGUUUUUUUUAAAAGCGGAUCAAAAUCUAGUUUAACAUUAAAUUACACCCUAGUGUAUAUAAAUGGCUUGAUUAGGAAUAUAAAACUUGGUCUAUAAUUGGUAAAGUCAAUUUAGUUCUAUUGCAUAUAUAUGGUUAAACUAUAUCAUGUUGUAUUUUCCUAAUACUUUCUAAUCAAUAUUUUUCGUUUCCCUUCCCUCAUCUGGUAAUAUGUGAGCACCACUUGGCAUUUACCCUAUAUAUAUUAUCUCCCUAUCCAUUCAGAAUUUAUAGCAUAGAGAAGAGACUUGAGAGAAAACGGCUAAAACAAGAACACUCUACUCGACAAUCUUAUGAAUACCUCCCACGAAAAGGCAGUACAAGCUAUCCUUUAUGGCCAUAGCUGUGCCAAGCGGUUGAAGCUGCAGCUUGACCAUCCAGUGGCUGACGCAAGAUCGGUUUCUAACUAUGAUCUUACUAAAUCGAUCGUCCAUUGUUUUUCCGAUGCCAUCUCAAUCUUUUCUGAUAAAUCAAAAUCCGAGGAUGAUGUAUUUUCUGAUUUAUCUUCAAGGGAUUAUCCUCCUCCUCUUCACCAGAGAAGCCACUCCAAGAAAAGAAAGAAUAAUAGUACAAAUUCAAGUGAGAAUUGGAGGCACGAUUCACCGGAUCCGAACUACUACGAUGGGUUUCUUUGGAGGAAAUAUGGCCAAAAGACUAUUAAACAAUCUAAACAUCAAAGGAGCUACUAUAGAUGUUCAUACAACAUAGAUUAUGCAUGUGGAGCAAAAAAGCAUGAACAGAAGAUCAAAGACAAUCCUCCAGUUUACCGAACCACUUACUUUGGCCACCACACUUGCAGAAUCAACCAAAACCAAGAUGCCGGUUUUACUACCAUUGGAGAUCCGGUAGAUAAUUUGGAAAAUUCCCGAAUGAUCCGGUUCGGACAAGAUCUCGAUCAGGAGACGAUCGGUUUAUCUGUAUCGGUUAAGGAUGAAAAAGGUAUCAUCAAAGAGGAAACUAUGGAUCAGUGCCGUGGGAUAACCGGUAAUGAUAAAGAUUGUCAAACUGUGAUUAAAGAGAAUCAUCAGUCAUCACCAUCAGGUUCUUAUACUCCGUCGUCAUCUGGCAGUGAAAUUGACAUGUUUGAUUCAGAUUUGCUAGUGGAAGACUUAGAUUUAUGGGAUCGUUAUGAUUUGUAUGACUUUUGACUGCGUUAGAUUUUUCAGCUACGAACGUUAAAGAAUUUCCUUUUUACGAGUAAUAAUAUUUGAGGAUUGCGAGUAUUUUUGUUACUGAUUAGUUUCUAGCGAGCAUAAGUAGAUUAUUUGAAAGGGGUUUGUAACAAAAUUAUUUGCUAGAGAGUAGAGACAAUGUAAUAGUAACAACGUUGGGUUAAUGUUGGGUGUGAACUCGGUUAAGUUUACGAGUGCUCCGGUUUAUGAAAUAGUUGGAA